AUGCAGCAACGACUAUCUACGGUUGAAUCGCUGCGCUUCCAAAUGCCAUAUGUCGCAUUUGGCUCAAGGCAACAGACUUAUGAAGCGCUGUUGCAUUCCCACCCUGAAAGCACCGCUCCUCCAGAACAACCCACCGCUUCUCACCAGCCCAGGUUUUUUACUUGGGUAACUAAAAAUGGAUACGGCGCCCGACAUGCUUCUGAUCCAGCCCCGUUCUCUCUCUGGGAUGAUCAUAUACACGAUUUCCGUUUUCCUACACCUGAAGAAAGGAAGUGGAUUGUCGAUGUCUUCCGUGCGGAAAGUGUGACCUACAGCUGGCCAGACAUCAUCAUUGAAACCCGUUUUCCCCCAAAUCCAAUCCCUUUGACGGUGGCAUGUGUUGCAGCGACGUUUAUCCCUGCCGGAUCCAACUGGCCCUACUUGACAACGAACACCGAUUACAGCAACCCGAGGCUACCUGACCCCCUCUCUCCGCAUUUUCAACUACCGAAGUGGGAGAGACCAUCCGAAAAGCAACGGGAAGCGGUUCUACAGGCCUUGGGUAGGCUUGUGACAGUGCAGGCUGUCAAUUACAUUGCUCCUAUCAUCAUUGUUGAGAUCGCGCUUGAUGGAAGAUCAUAUAGCACCCGAUCUCUCCCAGGAAGAGUCGGUGGUCUCCUCACUGUAUACCACCACAGUCAUACGCCUUUUUGGCCUCUGGCGUGCGAAAGCAGAGAACGCCAUAUUACACCUGGAACGGUUCAGGAUACGACUAACUAUUUGCUAACUGACCUCCAAACUCUCUGCCCAGGAGUGCGAGUAGAGUGUGGUGUUACUUGCAGAGACGGUGGUAACCUCGAUGCCACCAUGGCUUCAACUGCCGGCGUGAAACUUAGAAACACCGAUUCAGGGAAUAUCAGACUUACUGUUUCCAAUCACAGAUUUAUCGACUCUGAUGAGGUCUAUCAUCCGUCCUCUCGGAAUGGGGGCGUUUGCAUUGGUCACAUUGACGAACGGUCCGAUGCUCUCGACGUCGCUUUGGUGAAACUUUACCCGUCGACAACCUUCACAAAUGGGGAAUAUUUCCAAGCCCAGCCUCCGAAUCGCCUCAUCCGUUCCACCGAAGUCCAAAAUAACACAUGGUGCUGUGCAGACGGUAUGACAAGCGGAGCAGUGUUUCUCAGAGUGGUUGGAGUUAAGGAUCGAAGUCCACCACGACCUCCCGGUAUCGUGGUCCCGUUCACUGAGUUCAUUAUGGAGAAUAUUUACCGUCUCUAUGGACCCACUGCUGGUUCGAUCCGGGAAGGAGUUUGUGGCGCGCCCAUCGUGGUAGAUGACAACGAAGGUGGAAGUAUCGUUGGGUUCUUUCAGCUUGGGGCAGAAGGCUCUGCCUGGGCCUUGUCACCCUGCCUGGAUGAUUUGAUCGACAGUGGAUGGACGGUGCUUUGA